CCGCCGCCGCAGGCAUCGCACAUUUCCCUCCUGGCCGCCGAUCACGGCGCGUCUUCCGCGACGAGUUUACAUUUUCCAACCUAUUUCUGGGAAGUCUAUUAGUUGAAUUUUGUGUUCGAAUUCGAGUGUUGUUUGAUGGAUCUGAUAGUUGUUCGGGCCUUAACGUAUUGGAUAAGCUGCAACAAUUUUGUCCAAAAUGAUCGUAGAGCCGGACCACGUGAGAGAGAGUCCGCGAUGUUUAUCUCGGGAGUCAUCUGGAGCUCCACGGUGUCCCUCCAAUGACUCCGUGUAUUCGGGCCGCAGCGGACCGGGACUGCCCCUCUCCGCUGCGCUGACAGCCGCCCUCCCAGCCGCCCUCCCCGCUGCCCUCCUGCCCCCGCACUCCGCCGCAGUGGCCGCCUACCUCGGCGCUGCCGCAGCUGCCGCCGCACAACAACGACUCUUGAUGUCCUGCCAAGAAGACCUUACCGAUUCCGAACGACCCGAUGCAGUACUCGACUUCAGUACAAAACGUAGUGAGUCCCCACGUGAUGACGAAGAUGCCGAUGACGCUGUCAAUCUUAGUAAAAAUGAGAAUGGACCCCUCGAUCUAUCGGUUGGUACGAGAAAGCGAGGUCCGGAAGACUCGCCAUCUCCGGUUCCGACGAGGAAAAGCUCUAGAUCUUCUGAUUUCAAACCGUCACCUUCACCGUGGACGACGCCUGUGGCGCCACAUUUACCUUACUUCGCUGCUGCCGUAGCUGCGGCAAGCUUGUCUCCUAAAGGAGGCGUACCUGCCGAUUGGAAUGGUAAACUAAAACAUGGAACUCCUACGCCGAACGACGCCACUAAGGCACUUGAAAAAAUGACUGAGUUGAGUAGACUAGGUGGAGAAGAAUUAUUUCGAUCGGCUGUUCAAAGCGCUGCACUGGGUGCGGGCUUAGCACCUAAUGCCGCAGCCAGACAUUCAGCUUGGCAAUCGCAUUGGCUAAAUAAAGGCGCGGACCAAACAAAGGAUGUCCUUAAAUGCGUUUGGUGCAAGAAAAGCUUUAAUUCUUUAGCAGAUUUGACCGUACACAUGAAAGAAGCGAAACACUGUGGUGUUAAUGUUCCUGUGCCUCCUUCAGGAGGCGGGCCUAUACCACCAUCUCUACAACCCCCGUCUAGUUCUCCAUCAACACCUUCUCACAACUCAUCGUCGUCCAGUAGUUCAUCAAAGCCCAAUCAAAAUGAUUUGAACAUGUUAAUUAAGGAGAAUAUGCCAAUUCCUAGGAAGUUAGUCCGCGGGCAAGAUGUUUGGUUAGGCAAAGGCGCUGAACAAACUAGGCAGAUAUUAAAAUGCAUGUGGUGUGCGGAAAGCUUUAGAUCAUUAGCUGAAAUGACUAGCCAUAUGCAGCGUACUCAGCACUACACGAAUAUAAUAUCGCAAGAACAGAUUAUAUCGUGGAAGUCUUCUGAUGACGCCAAAGGUUCUAACUCUAGUGGACCGGGUAGCAAUAACACAGCUCCGCCCACCACUGGCACCAGUAGUCACGUAAGCGCGGUGUUAACUUGUAAGGUAUGCGAUCAAGCAUUUAGUUCCUUGAAAGAAUUGAGUAAUCACAUGGUCAAAAAUUCACAUUACAAAGAACACAUAAUGCGAUCUAUCACAGAAAGCGGAGGUAGGCGACGACAAACGCGAGAAAAGCGAAAGAAAUCUUUACCGGUUAGAAAGCUUCUUGAACUAGAGAGAGCACAACACGAGUUCAAAAAUGGGGAAGGUAAUGGUGUCCCCAUGGGAAAACCAAUUAGGGACUUUGGAGCGGGUAGUAGAAUUACUUGCGAAAAAUGUGGCGAUAAAAUAGAGACUGCUGUGUUCGUUGAGCAUAUAAGACAAUGCAUAGGUGCGCCCAUGUCGAAUAACCAAAGGAAUUUUCUAAAAAGCGCACUUUUGUCGAAUAAUAUUAUCCCUCCUGAGGUACCUGGUCAUGUAACGCCGACGAGCCGCGAUGGUCGCAAGAGCAUAAACGAUGAACAGCCUUCUCCAGGUUCUGCUCAUCAUCGCUCUCCUUCUUCCGUGACUGAUUCUUCUCCAAGUUCCAAAGAUCCUAACGCAAGCAACGAUCAAAGCUCGUCCCCUUCUGUUCUUAAUGCUAUAGAACAACUGAUAGAAAAAAGUUUUGACACGCGAUCUCGGCACUCAGUGCCUGGCAUGCCUGGUGGGGCCGCGCACGCACCUAUCGGAUCUAGCAUUCUAAAAAGAUUAGGCAUAGAUGAGAGUGUAGACUAUACAAAACCAUUGGUUGACCCGCAAACGAUGAACAUGCUUAGAAAUUAUCAUCACCAGCAGGGCUAUGGUCGUAGAGAACGAAGUGGUAGUGAAUCGAGUUCCAUGUCUGAGCGAGGAGGCAGCAGAGUAGAGUCUCUUACUCCGGAUAGAAAGUUAGAUGCGUAUCACAUGACCCCUCGCACUACUCCUGAUACACGCGGUUCCCAAACUCCCGCUUCUGAAGAUCGCCCCGCUGAGAUUAGGAUAAAAAAAGAAGUCACAGAGGAAGAGGAACGUGAAAAUGGGGUUGAUCUGAGCAAUCAACCUAUAAGAGUUAAAACUGAGGUUGACGACGAAGAAGAUCCACCUCGACCGAAUAGCUCAGCAGACGACGAUGUAAAACCCACCGUUCCUAAACGUGAAAGCGAGGGUCCAAGCCCCGCGGCUAGUCCACGGAGCCCAGCUAGCGAUCGUUCUACUCAUACUCCAAGCGGGGACAGAAAGCCUCCGUCUAGUUUAGGCGCGCUGUCGUCUAUGUUCGAUAAUCUAACUGGAGGCGGAACCUCCAACGAGCCAACUUCAUCUCGCCGCAGUGGCAGCCAUCCUUUAGCUGCUCUUCAAAAGUUAUGUGAUAAAACUGAAACGAACCCCGCCCGAGCGCCUCCCCCUGCGCCCUCUCCGGCCGGUCCCCCGAGCAUCCUGACCUUUAGUUGGGCUUGCAACGAUGCAGUCGUCACCGACUCCAUCAUGAAGUGCGCUCUUUGCGACACUCCGUUCAUAUCUAAGGGUGCUUAUAGACAUCAUUUGUCUAAAAUGCAUUUCGUCAAAGACGGGGCUCUUCCUGAGCCGGUGCCUAUGAAAGCACCUCCUGCCGCCUCGUCUCCGAGCACUCAUAAGAGUGGAGGCUCCAACGCUGCUUCGCCGCAAGAUCCUCGAAGUCCCUCGCAAUCGUUUGACGAAAGUCCCCACUCCAAGUUCCUCAAAUAUACGGAACUUGCGAAGCAGCUUUCCAGUAAAUACGUGUAGACUGUUAGGGUCUGAAGGGCCAUCAGUUGUGAUGAUAUCAUAUCCUGCUACGUAUAACCUUGCUAGGGUCGAGUCGCCUCGGCGACGCCAAGUAUUUUGAAACUCUUUGCCAAUUUAACUAUUUAGGUAAUUAUUGUUAGUGGUCACCGCAUAGAUCGGUUAGUGUAAUUAACGAUUAGCGACUUAAGUAUACGCCAAACGUCUUACGUUCAUUAUAUGUAAGAGAAUAUUUUCAAAAUAUUGCCUUUAGGUGAAGUACAGUCGAGAGGCCCGCGGGCUGCGCUUAUCUUCCACACUACUGUAAUUCCAUUUCGAUAAUUGUAAAUAUAAGUCACAUUAAGUCAUAAAGUUCGAUUCGAUCUCUUGUAAAUGUAUAUUUUUUGCUAAUAAUCUAAAAAAAGCGAUACUUUCGUAAUUUUAAUUGCAAUUUGCCUUUCGCAUGUGAUUGAAUAAGAUGGCGGCGUCGCGUUGUCGUUCUUGCAGUAUUUUUAAAGAAAUCGUUGCAAUAUCUUUUUUUUAUGUUACUUAAUUCUUUUUAUUGUAAAUCAGAGUUAGGGUUAACUUGGUGUUUAGUUUAUUUUAUUUUUAUGUAUAUUUUGAAGUUUUCAUUUGUUUUCUUGUGGAAUCAGAGAUCCGUCGUUGCCGCAAUCUCACGAGAUCCAAUCUCAAGUUAUGUUCGUGUUGUAUAUAAUGGACAUGGAGCUCGUUCAAUCAAUCUCUUUAGUGUAAAUUUGCUCUAGGCGCGCAUUCGGUGCGAUAUGCUAUUUAUUAUUUAGUAAUAAGUAAAAUAAUAUUAGGAGACCCACAUCUGUGACAUUCUUGUAUACCAUUAUGCCCGCAUAUUGAAAGGUUGUUGUAACCAUGCUAUUAUUAUUAUUAUAAUUAAAAAGAGAAGUGAUACGUUUUACAGUUUUUUGGUUUGUUUUGAAAGGAUUGACAUACAUUUGUAUACGUUUAGGGCGUUCAGAUUAUUGUGAGAUAUCUUCCAAUGUAACAACAGAUAUACGAAUUGUAUAUACGGUACAUGCGAGUGAAAAACUCUUUUAUAUUUAAUAAAAAAAAAAUAAUAAUAUUGUAACUGUGUAUUGUAAUUGUCAAUGGUGCGGUAUCGCAAUAUGUGAGCUGGCAAUUAGUGGCAUAAUAUUAACGUCAAAUUACAUGUAAAGAAAAAAAAAAAACUGAAUUAAAUCAAAAAGUGUAUGUUCAAAAUGCAGUUAUAUCUCUCGUGGACAAGUAAAUAUAUUUAUUUAAUUUUUUUUUACCUUAUUUGUGCCACUUAAUGCCAGUAUGUAAAAUUAAAAAUUUUAAAUCUAUAAAACUAUCAUUUUAUCGAUAAUAAUGAAACAUACGACAAAUAUUAUGUAUACGCUAGCUCUGAUGAGAGGUUUUUGCUCAUUCUUUAAAUAAAAAAAAUGGUGUUAAAAUAUUGAUUUUACCAAAUUUAAUAAUCUUAUUUAAUAUUUUAUGUUGUAUUUCAAAAUGCAAUUAAAAGCUCAAAGAAAUAUAUAUGUUACAUACAUUAAACGUCUAUUUCAUUUUAUACGUAUAAAUCCUUUAUCUAAGUUAGUAAUUAUUUUUAAAACGAAUAAAAAAAACUGCUGUUGUUGAGGUUGUAACACAGAGGUUCAAUCAGAUUUCAUUACUUAUUGACACUAUAUACUGUCACAGCGGCAACGCUGUGCUCGACGACGAGUAUGAAGAUGUUUUAGAAUAGCACAGAAGAUUAUUACAGAACGCCAAACUGGAAUCAAUUUUGAACUUAAGGCUGUGCGAAAAGAAUAAAAAGAAAAAGUAAAAUAGGAUACGAGACGAAAUCAACGCGCUAGUCAAUGAGAAAGGGAAAACUACAAAAUCUAUUUCCUAUCAAUUACUUGCAAAUUAUACGAUUAUAAGUAAAAGAAUAACUGUAAGUUUUCGGUGAAACUUUUAUUAUCAACAUCUGAAAUAACGAAGGUACCGAACAUAACACUGACAGAGAAAAUAUAGAAAAGUAACAAACUACAUUGAUCCGAUCGGGAAU